AUGGCGACAGAAUCUGUGGCGUCGGUUCCCUCCAAAUCUCAACUGGAGGACAUCAGUCGAUUACGAGGCAUCGCAGAGAAGCACCUGCAUCAAAUCGCCGAGGAAAGGCUUCAAGAACAAUUUGAUGAUGCAAAGCGAAAUGAAGAGCUAGAACGAUAUGCGAAACAACGUCGGCGGGCCAAGUUGCGCGCCACAUCACCAGCUGUCUCAACCCCAACUUCCAGAAUGAGAUCCGCUCAGGACGUACUGGAGCGGCUCAAAUGGGACGACAGUCUCGAUCUGUCAAAGUACAUAAUCGGCUAUCUAGAACGCUUCAACGGUAUUCAAGAAAUGCCAGCUACUAGAUGGAUCUCCGAGCCCACCGAAGAAGAAUGGAUCCCUCAACAUAGGAUCCGAUACUUCAAGCAAGUUGACGAGAGUGGAAAGCAGAGCAUCGUCUGGGACAGAGACAACCGGAUCGACAAAAUAUUUGGCGCCAGUGUCAACAAAGAGGCCGACAAUGAUGAUCGUUGGGAAGAUAGCAGCCCACAGCUGACGCAUUGA